AUGGCUUUCUACAGCAGAACGGCCAGUCUCCUACUGCUGGUCACUCAUCUCUGUUCGGGGACCAGCCAAGUGACCGCAGACCCAACUUCCCCUAAUGGUAUAAUCUCUUGUGGAACUAGAUUAUAUAUAAGCAGCUCGGCAGAAGCUUUGAGAGGCAGAUUGACUGCAUACUGCUCUCUCAGUAACAUCUCUGUCUGUCUAUCUAUCUAUCUAUCUUUGUUUAUAUCUAUCUAUCUUUGUUUAUAUCUAUCUAUCUUUGUUUAUAUCUAUCUAUCUUUGUUUAUAUCUAUCUAUCUUUCUCAAGAUGAAAAUCUCUCAUUAUAUCGCUUUCUGCCUUAUCUUCGCGCCUUCCGUAUACGCGACGAACGCACUGACAUUUUGACUUUUGUCAAAUAUUUAUUCUUCAUACUAUUUAACACUAUCUUCACGUGUUUCUCUUUCUCUCUUUUUUUCUUCCCAUAUCGACUCUCUCCCUUUCUCUCUCACGUCUCUCUUUCUAUCCACUUUUCGCUCAGCUCUCUCCCUUUAAUUGGCUCACGUUUCUUUCUCUCUCUUAACUUUACACUCACGUCUCUCUCCCUCUCUUUAUUUUAA